GAGACGGACGUAAACAAACCCUCCAAGCUCCAAGAAGGCCUCGUGUUGUGGGACCGUAAACACGUGCGAGGAAGGAGGACGGGAGAGUGUGUAUUUAUUACAAGAAAUAAUAAAAAUAAUUCAAGAUGGUGGCCAAAAGGAGGAAGUCGAAGAAGAUGACCCUCAAAAAGAAAUACAUGAUUGAGAAAAAGGUGCGAGCUCACAAGAAGAAGCAGAAGAAGAUCCAGAGGAAACAGCCAGAGCUCUUAAAAAAAAAGCCCAAAGACCCAGGUGUACCCAAGACCCUCCCCUUCUAUGACAAGAUCAUCGAGGAGGCCAGGCAAGCCAAGGAGGCUAAGCUGCAGCAAAUUAAGGAGAACCAGGAGCGCAGGAAGGAACUGAAGGCCAAGAUGCUUGCUAAUACGAGGAGUGCUGAGUCUAUUAACGAGAUGAUCCAGACGGCCGAGAAGCGUGGGGCGGAGUUUGAGGAGAGGAUGGCCGCAGAGUCCAGUGCACAGGGCAGCCUCACAGAUCGCUCGGCCAAGGCAUAUUACAAGGAGUUCAAGAAGGUGGUGGAAGCAGCCGAUGUCAUCUUAGAGGUCCUUGACGCCCGUGACCCCCUGGGAUCCAGAGUGCCCCAGAUGGAGGCCUCUGUCACAUGCCAUGCCAACAAGAAGCUGGUGCUGGUGUUGAACAAGGCCGAUCUGGUGCCCAGAGACGUCUUGGAGAAGUGGCUCCAGUACCUGCGUCGCGAAUAUCCCACAGUCCUGUUCAAGUCCAGUACACAGACACAGGGUUCGCACUUGGGACAGAAUGCAGCUAGUACAUCGUCCAAGGUUCUGAAAGUAACAGAUGACCUGAUGACAUCGUCCAAGGCCCUCGGUGCAGAGGUACUCAUGCAGCUGCUGAAGAAUUACUGCCGCAACAAGGACAUCAAGACCGCCAUCACAGUUGGGGUCGUAGGUCUGCCAAAUGUGGGGAAGAGCAGUCUGAUCAACAGCUUGAAGCGUAGCAAGGCAUGUGGCGUUGGGGCGACUCCAGGCUUUACCAAGACACUCCAGCAGGUGCAACUCGACUCCAAAGUCCAGCUGAUCGACUGCCCGGGUAUUAUCCUGCCAGGGGGCGACACCACAGACGCGAAUGCUGCCCUGAGGAAUGCCGUGAAGUUGGAACAGCUGGAUGACCCAAUCACCCCCGUGGAGGCUAUCUUUGCACGCGCCCAGAAGAGCCAGCUCAUGGUCCAUUACCGUCUACCAGAAUUCCAGACUGUUGUCCAGUUCCUCACACUGCUGGCAAAGCGUCAUGGAAAGUUGAAGAAGGGAGGCAUCCCAGACAGAGCAUUGGCCGCUCGCAAAGUUCUGCAUGAUUGGAAUAUUGGUGCAAUCAAAUACUACACACAGCCUCCAGAUAUAGACAAUGCGCAGGUUGGGGCAGCAUUGGUAUCACAGCUGGGCAAGGAGUUUGACAUGGAAAGUCUCUCAGCUGCAGAGGGCACUUUCAUGGACACCCUGCCAUUCUAUAGGCCCUCACAGACCAUGGCAGUCCAAUCAGCUGGUCCCCUCAUGGAGAUUAGGGAGCAAGAGGAGAUGGAGUCUGGGAGCGAGGAUGAGGCUGAGGAUGAGGAGGAAGAGAUGGAAAUGGAGACUGAGGAGGCUGGAACCGAGCUUGCUGGUGUGCUUCCCAAAGACGUACAUAUCAACAUGGACACAAAAUCAAACGACGACCAGGCUGUUGCCGAAAAGAGGCCCCGCUGGGAGAACCCCAUGCAGGCCUUCGACCCCGAGACCAUGUCCCUCAAAAAGUACCAGAAGAAGGCACAGAAGAAGCACCGCAAGGAGACCAGCCGCAACAUCAAGAGAGCAGAUGAUCUCACCAACAUGUUCCAGAACUUCACAGGCAUGAAGGAAGACGAAGACGACUACGACUUCAAUGAAUACUUCAAGUGAUCCUUCUGAGAGACUGAGAAAGGUUGCGAGAUUGUGUAAAUGUGUGAGGAUGAGGAUGAUGGAUGGAUAUGUGUGAUAACUUACAUAAUAUACUAUUACUCAUUUUUUUUUUCUUUUGAAAUGGAUGUAAAAUAAUAAAACAGUUAAUGGUUUGUU